AUGUCGGAACAUAAUACAUGGGAGCAAUUAAAGCCCGUUCUUGCAAAGAAUGUACAAAGCUCCUCAGUGAGCACUAGGCUCAACACAUUAUCUACUAUUAAAGAAAACAUCGAAGCUCUUGAAGAGGCUGAAUUGAAAAUCAUUAGUGUUCUCCUCUUGUCAACUUAUAACUACUAUCAGGAUGCAGACUCCAGAAACGAAGUGAUUGAGACGUUGAAAGCUAUUGGACUGCGAGACCUGCGAUUCUUGCAAAUCUAUGUCGAGUUCAUCAAUAAAGAAAUAUCAGGACCUUUGCUCGCUCAAAGAGACUAUUUGACCUUGUUGGACUGGAUCAAUGCAUUUGUCAUUGAGCUCGCUAAAGAACAUAGACUACUGGAUAGCUGUGUUUCUGCUCAGGCAAAGAUUUUAAGUAAAAGUGUCGAGCAUCUAGCUGGAACAAGGACAAAAAGUACUUUAAACAAGUCACAGCAAAGAAUCUUGAAAUCAGUAAUGACCUCGACAAAAACAGCAAUCGCUAGAACUUUGGCAAAAGAUGCAACAUACCUCGACUUGAUUGUAAACAACGCACAAGGCUCAUCAUUCGCAUUGCUCGGUCCCUUGAACAAGGCUGCAGAGGAACUCAUCCCCACCGAGCCAUCCAUUAUUGAAAAAUUCCAAGAACAAAAAACAACAAUUUUAAACUCUUAUGUCAACCACAUUGUAUUGGGUAAAUCAUUACCUUCAGAUCUUGUAAUAAACAGUUUUGCGCCAUGUGUUGCGUCAUUGGUGGACCCAGAGACUUAUAAGGAGUUGUUACAACCAGCGAUUGAGAAAUCCGUGUUGAGAUCGUCCGAGAAUGCAUUUGAAUUGAUCUUGCCAUCUUUUUUCGAAAACUUGCCUCACAAAGUUUCCGUUUCAAGCAAAUUGUUGCAAUCGGUUAUUAGUGGGAUCAAGUCUCUGAAAGAACACGUGAGACUAGGUGCUUAUAACAUUUUGAGACUUUUGUCUUUAAAAUCAGAUUCCGAUCUCAGUGGUGAAAUCAUUAAGGCAAUCAAAGCUACAUCCAAUGCAGAGUCUAAAUCGUUACUCAUUAAAUCGCUCCUCUUUUCAUCUGAGGCGGAUAAGAUUGUCGAAGCACUUUUGCCACUUGCAGCAAAGGAACAAAACGAACACUCCUUAACCAGCUUGGUUAAUGUGCUUGCACAUCAUGCUAUUAAAUUGGAGUUUCCUGAGCAAGUGGUGCAAGCUUUCAUCACAGGAUUCAAAUCAAAGUUUCGCCGUGUUUGGUUUGUUGAAUAUGCUAAUGAAGUUUACUCAAACGGAAAUAAACAAGAUCAUGUUGUCCCAUCACAAUUUAUUCCAAUAUUUAAUGAGACUCUCGAAUCGAUUGAACAAGCACCUGCUGCAAAUAUCAAAGCAGUUGCUUGUGCCUUUGUUGUAUUGGCUUUAACUGAUAAAAAGGAAUCAUCCCUCCUUAAUGAUAGCAAGCAUUUCGAAAAAUUUGACGAAACUGACUUGGUGUGGUUUACCAGAGCAUUGACAGAUCAGGCAAAUGCAUGGCUUUUUGUUUUGACAGGCAAAAAAGUGCCUUAUUCUGUCAGAAAAAUUGCUCUUGACAGAUUUAAGCAAGUUGCAGAAACUGAUUUGAGUUUAGGAGACAAAAUUGUUAUCCAUGUUCAUAACCUCUCUCCAGAAUCGUACAAUCUCAAACUUUUGAGUCCAGUGUUUUCUAUAUUGACUCAGUUACAGGAUGUUGAACAGGUUAAGGAGAAUGCAGUGAGCUUAUUGGUGGCUGCAAGCGACCCACGAAUUGCUGUGAAUGGCGGAUGGAUUGGUCUUGUUCAACGUAGCGGUCAUUCACAAAAAGUUGAUAUUGCCACUUUGGUGAAGGAUAACUUUAAGCAUAUGUUUGACUUGUGUAAUGUUGACCGUAGUCCUGCAUCAAUCAAGGCGUUGGCUGCACUAGCAUUUAUCCAACCACAAUUGAUUCAUCCAAUUGUUAAACUUUUGGAGGAUGACUUGUCUUUGGAAUCUGCAAUCGAUGACACCACAAGACAAAUUUACCAUGGUACCGAGGGCGAAAUGGUCAUCGAUGUGCUUGAAAAGAAACCCAAGGCUUUGGAUAAAAACUCAAAAGAUUAUGAGAUAAAAGCAUGGGAGGAGAAAAUGAGCAAAGAAUUGAAACAAGCUAAGAAAUUGACACCGGAAGAAAAAAAGCUUGUUGCAGAGCAAGUAGCCAAGGAGUCCAAUAUUAGAGCUCAAGUGAAACAAAUAAUUUCUAAAGUUGAUUAUGCUACCGAUUUGAUUAGGGAGUUAACAGAACAAGCCAAAUUUGUUAAUAAUGGUGUUGAAUUUUGGUACCCUGUUGCCGUUAAGAAAUUAUUGGACCUUGCUGUCAUUGAAGGUGAUUUGUUUGAAAGUACUAUUGAUACUUUUUUGCAAUUGUCCGAAUUGACCAGCUCGAGAUUCGAAUCUAUGAGGAGAUUUAUCGGUGUUGCAGUGUUGCGUUUGCAUGAUAUUAAGUUGGAUGAGGAAUUGCUGCAGGAACCACUCGUUACCCUCUUGGGAAGAAUCUUGUACCGUAUCAAGAUUUUGAGUGAUCAAAAUCCACUAGAUGCAACUUCAUUGUCAUAUGUAUUACCACUUUUGACAAAGGUUCUUCAUCGAGGACAAGCAGCUGCAUUCAGAAACUCGAAAAAGAUUGCAGUUACUUCCGAGUUUGUUGAAAACGAUCCAGAAGAAGAACAGUUGUUGUUGUGUAUUGAGAUUAUUUCUGCACAUGCUGAAUUGUUUGCCGAUCCAGAAAUUCCAAGAACUAGCAUAUUGGAGAUUUUGAUCUCACUUAUGGCCAUUCCCUCGAAAGCCAAGUUGGUUAAGGAAUGUUUUCUUUCAUUGUGUCCAUACAUUGCCAUCAGCACCAGCGAAAAAGAUUUGCAAUUGUUGCUCAAGAAUGUUGUUUCACCUCAUGUGUUUGUGAGAUCAACGAUUUUGGAAGGACUCGAUUCAGAGUUUGAAUUGGAAGCAUAUUCAAAAGAAGUAUUUGUUGCUACGUUUGACACUGAUCACAAUAGUCAAGAACUUGCACAAACUAUUUGGGAAGAUAAUGGGUUGAUUGUACCAGAUACUACAAAUUUGUUGGACUUGUUUGGGUUAACAGAUGCUGGAUUGCGUUUGUCUGUUGCACAUGCCUACACGGAAGCAGCAAAAACCACACUGUUACAAGUUGAGGAAUUGUUUGAAUUUUACAUUGAAAAGAAGAACCCACCGGCACCAAAAUUGGAUGAGUUUGGUUUGGUUAUCAAAUCGACCAUCGACCAAAGGGAUAGAUGGGAAGAGAGAUCAACAAUUGCACAUUCCCUCAAAUUUCUUGUUCCGCUUUUGAGCAAACAAGAUGUUGAAAAAGUGAUUAAAUUCUUGGUUAAUGAAGCUCUUGGCGACAAAGAUGAACACGUCCGUCAGCAAUACCAGGAUGCUGGUAUCGAAGCUAUCAAAGCACACGGUGCUGAUAAUAUUGAAACAUUGAUCAACAUUUUUGAAGAGAAUUUGAGCUCCAAGAAUAUUAAGGAACCAGUUGUUAUCUUGUAUGGUUCCUUAGCUAGUCAUUUGGAGAUGAAUGAUCCAAGAUUGAAAGUCAUUUUCGAGAGAUUGAUCAAAUCUUUGGAUACCCCAGCAGUGCAAUUUGCAGUUGCUGAAUGUAUUGCUCCUUUGGUGCCAGCUUUUCAAAAGGAAUUACCAAAGUACUUUGACGAUAUGUUUGAGAAAUUGUUUACAGCCAAAACGCGUUCAAAACGUCGUGGUGCCGCAUUUGGUAUUGCGGGUUUGGUUAAAGGGUGUGGUGUCAAGGCUCUUGCUGAUUACGACGUGAUUCGAAACUUGACUGAUGCAUCUGACGACAAGAAGGAUCCCGUAAAGAGGGAAAGUGUUUCUUUGGCGUUUGAGAGUUUGUCCAAGACUAUGAGUAAAUACUUUGAACCAUUUGUGUUUGAAAUUUUGCCCAUUAUAUUAAAGAGUCUUGGUGAUGCGCAAGCGGAAGUUAGACAGGCCACCGAUGAAGCUGCGAAAGAGAUUAUGAAAAACACAACUUCUUUUGGUGUCAAAAAGCUUAUACCUUUGGCUAUAUCUAACCUUGAUGAGAUUGCAUGGAGGUCCAAAAAGGGUUCUGUUGAGUUGUUGGGUGCCAUGGCUUACUUGGACCCAGAGCAAUUGUCCGCUUCAUUAUCGGUGAUUAUUCCUGAAAUUGUAGGUGUGUUGAAUGACACACACAAGGAAGUGAGGAAGGCUGCUGAACAGUCAUUGAAGAGAUUUGGUGAAGUUAUUAGAAACCCAGAGAUUCAACAAAUUGUGCCAUACUUGAUCAAUGCCAUAGGUGAUCCAACAAAGCAUUUGGAGGAAGCUUUGGAUAAAUUGACAAAGACACAAUUUGUGCACUACAUUGACAGUUCUUCAUUAGCCCUUAUCAUACAUGUCAUACACAGAGCAAUGAAGGAUAGGUCUGCCUCUACAAAGAAAAAAGCAUGUCAAAUUGUGGGUAAUAUGGCAAUUUUGGUUGACUCCAAGGAUUUGCAACCAUAUUUGAAUGAGUUGGUUGAAGAGCUUGAAAUGGCCAUGGUUGACCCUGUGCCGGCAACCAGAUCUACUGCGGCUAGAGCUUUGGGUUCAUUAGUGGAAAAACUAGGCGAAGAUCAAUUCCCUGGGUUGAUUCCAAAAUUGAUCGAUACUUUGCACGACGAACAAAAGGCCGGAGAUCGUCUUGGUUCAGCGCAGGCAUUGUCAGAGGUUAUUUGUGGUCUUGGUGUCAACAAAUUGGAGGAACUUUUACCUUCAAUUAUUACAUCAGCCUCUUCCCCUCGUGCUGCAGUAAGAGCUGGGUUCAUGCCACUUUUGCUCUUUUUACCUGUUUGUUUUGGUUCUCAGUUUUCACCAUACUUGAGUAAAAUCAUUCCACCAAUUCUUAAUGGUCUUGCUGAUCUGGAUGAGGAGAUUAGAGAGACUGCAUUGAAAUCGGGUAGAUUGAUUGUCAAGAAUUAUGCUAAGAAGGCAGUUGAUUUGUUGUUGCCCGAAUUAGAAGCUGGAUUGUCCAACGAAUCUUAUCGUAUUCGUCUUUCUUCAUUGGAGCUUACUGGAGAUUUGUUAUUCCAAAUCACUGGUCUCUCUGGUAAGAAUGAACUUAUUGAAGACCAAGCUGUCAACAAGACUCUUGCCGAGUCACUUGGACAAGAUCGUCGUGAUCGUAUUUUGGCAGCAUUGUUUGUUUGUCGUUCAGAUGUUGCUGGUAUCGUUCGUAAUGCUAGUGCUGAUAUCUGGAAGGCUUUGGUCUCAAACACUCCUCGUACUGUUAAGGAGAUCUUGCCUUCAUUAACUACUCUUAUUGUGAGUAAGUUGGCAUCUGACGAUGAGACACAAAGAAUUAUUGCAGCACAAACAUUGGGUGAUAUGGUUCGUCGUGUUGGUGCAAAUGCCUUACCUCAGUUGUUGCCAACGUUACAAAAUGCCAAGGACCAAGAAGGUGCUUGUAUUGCCUUGACAGAGUUGAUCAAGUCAACUUCAUUGGAAGGAUUGACUACAUAUCAAGACACGUUUAUCACCAUUAUUCAUGAUGGUCUUGUUACAAACGAUAAACCAACCAGAAAUGCUGCUGCUCAAGCGUUUGAGGAAUUGCAUGCCAAGAUGGGCAAUUUCGUUGUUCACGAGAUUAUCCCACAAUUGUUGGCAGAGUUGAACACUACAACGGUGGUUGCUCUUGAAGAGUUGAUGGCUAACAAAGCAGACUUGAUCUUCCCAAUUACUCUUCCGGUAUUAUUGAAAGAACCAGUCAACUAUGGUGCAUUGGCUUCAUUAUCCUCGGUGGCUGGUACUGCAUUGUACAAGAAGCUUUCUGUCAUUAUCAACACCAUGGUGGAAGGUAUCGUAGCCGGCGAGGACUUGCAUGAUGAAUUUAACCAAGUUCUUCUCUCGGUUGAAGAUGAUGGUGCUCAUUUGUUGAUGCAACAAUUGUUGGCAUUGAUGAAGAAUGAAGAUCCAAAGAGGAGAGAAGUUAUAUUUGCUCAACUCGAUCAAUUCUUUGCUGAAGCUACAAUGGAUUAUUCGAUGUACCUCGAAGACUUUGUUUUCCAAAUGAUUUUGUCUCUUGCUGACCCAUCACCACAAGUUGUUAAGGGAAGUAUGGAGUCUCUUACAUCAUUGGUGAAGAGGCAACCAAAGGAGAUUUUGGAGAAGUUGGUCAAGCCUGCAAGCCAAGCAUUGAACCUUACUGGGUACGAGGUUGCAGGAUUUGCCUUGCCAAAAGGUCCAAACAGUAUUUUGCCAAUAUUCUUGCAUGGCUUGAUGUAUGGUACGCCCGAGCAAAGGGAGUUGUCAGCGUUGGCUAUCGCUGAUGUCAUUGAAAAGACUCCAGCUGAUAACUUGAAGACUUUGGCUACGGUGAUUAGUGGACCAAUGAUUAGGGUUAUUGGAGAGAAAGUUGCUACGAGUAUCAAAUCGGCUAUUCUUGUGGCAUUGAACAAUUUGUUGAACAAGAUUCCACAAUUUUUGAGAGCAUUCAUUCCACAAUUACAAAGAACCUUUGUGCGUUGUUUAAGUGACGUGACAAAUGAGACAUUGAGAAAGAGAGCUGUUGUUGCAUUAAGUACUUUGGUGCAGCACCAACCUCGUGUUGAUUCAUUGAUUACCGAGUUGGUGUCUAAUGCCAAAGCCACUGAAGAUUCUGGUGUCAAGUCCUCAAUGUUGCAGGGUAUGCUUGCUGUUGUGGAGACCAAGGGUGAGAUGUUAAGUGAAGCCUCGAAAUCUAGUCUUUUGUCGAUUGUUGAAGAAGAGAGCAUUGACUCGAUUUCAUCAGCAAAAUUAUUGGGUUCGUUGGCCAAUGUGUUGACCAAGGAAGAGACCAAUACAUUAUUGGAAAAGAAAGUGUUGAACAAUGAAUCGAAAUUCUCGGUGUUGGCAAUCAACUCUUUCUUGAAAUAUGCGCCUGAUUUAAUCAAGGAUAAUGCUAAUGUUGUAGAGUAUGUGAUUGCAUGUUCCGAUUCACCAGAGCCAUAUAUCAGUGAUAAUGCCACCAUUGCCAUUGGUAAGAUUUUGCUCAGUUCUGAUGAAUUGAAUGUCGAUUUGUUUAAACAGUUGGCCAAGUUGGUUCUUGCGCCUGCUUCAUCAUCUCCCGAUACUAAGAGACUUGCAUUGAUUGUUAUUCGUUCUGUUGCAAACAAGCACAAAGAUGCGAUUUCAGCCGAGCUUUUGGAUCUUGUUGUUCCUAGUGUUUUCGCUUCUGUAAGGGAUCCAAUUAUUCCCAUCAAGCUUGCUGCUGAGAAGGCGUAUUUGGAAAUUUUCCAAAUAGUUGAUCAGAACUUGACAGUGUUUGAUGCAUGGUUUGAUGGCAAGACAGAGAUUGUUACUGUUACUGGUACGCUGAUUGUUCCUAGAUCGAUUUCCGAUUACACAAAGAGAGUUGCUGUGAGAUUGGCAAAUGUCGAGAGGGAAAGAAUUGAACAAGGUGGAGAUGCAGAGACCUUGUUCAGUGAUCGUAUUGAAGACGAGAAAGAAAUUUGGUCGGUUGGUAUAUAA